CCUAAAUUCAUCAACAAUUUAUCAUGCUCAAGUCCCAUUGAAACCGUCAAUAAAAGUACUGCAUACCAUCAAGGAUACAAAUACAAUCAAAUGAAUCUCAUCAACAUUUGGAUUUGCAAUUUUGCAGAAGCAAAAAGAGUGGCGCUAAUCCCCGAGCCGCAAGCGGUACAAGAAAUCUCCAGCAAUGGGCAAAAUAUACAGCACUUUGGAAAGCGAAAACACCCCCAAGAAAUCUUAACAGCUAUAGUCAGGUGUCCGUUAGGGUGUCUGGACGUGGGCAAGAGUGGCCUCUUGCUGUUUUGGGGCUUUGUCUUGUUUCCUCCAAAUAUCAAAUGUACACCCUCUGCUUUCCUCUCUAUCUGUUGUUGCUGUCCCAUGAAUCGUGUUCCAUAAGGCUGAUUAGCAGUAAUAUACCAAUUUUUCCUCAUCAGCUCACCAUCAUACCAUAUCUGGCCCUAUGGAAUUCUGAAUUCUAAAAUUCUAAUACUACUGCUGGAUGCUAAUGGGCAAUUUCUCUCUUUCUUCCAUUAUAACACGUACGUUCAAAAGGUCUGGACUAGUCUGGCUCAUGGAACGAGGUUAAGGUUCUUCCCUUUUCGCACCUCUCUUCCCUUUUGCUUGCUUCUCACAACUUUUUGAACUUACUGCCCAAACUGUUUUGUCCUUCCACGUUGUUCUAUCAUCUGAGAUGAUCAGCACUCUAGGAAUCCGCAGCUGGAGAGCGACCUAUGUUAGUAUCAGCUUAUUCUUUCCCAAUUUCACUGACGCUUCCUUUUCUUUCAUCUCUUGUUAAACUCUUCUGCUGAUUUACUUCACAUCUCUAUCAUCAACGCUGCCUUUCCAGUUCCCACCUCCUACUUAAUUCCCUCUCCCUCCUUCCAUCUUUUUCUCAUCGCAAUUUCCCAACUCCGCCAACUCUCAAAAGUCUCAUCUCUUCAGCUCUAUACUUUCUCUGAAAUGGGUAGCCGUCAGGGCCUCACAUACAGCAGGCUUCACCAUUUUGCCAUUUCUGUUCUCAUUCUCCACCUGGUUUUUAGCUCAUCCCACUUGAGAAUAUUGUUCAACGCUGAAGGUAGACCAAUAGCUAAAACUGUUAGCAAUUCAAAGAUAGGUUCGAGGCCGCCGCGGUGCGAUCGGAAAUGCAACGCUUGUGGGCACUGCCAAGCUAUUCAGGUGCCUACAAAUCCCCAAAUCAGAGACGGGCACCAGAAUUAUCCCAGAAACUCCACCACUACUGUUUCCACGAUUUUCCAUUCCAGAGGAGAUGAUUACUCCAACUACAAGCCCAUGAGUUGGAAAUGCAAAGAAUCUCUGCCUCCACCAUACUUGCUACUGCAGUACUGAUGAAUCAUGAAUGGUGACAAGUAAAUGCAAGAAGUCCGUAAAACUACUAAACGUGCAGGAACCAUCAAUGAAAACGUGUAGUUCUAAACAAAUCCGGCGGCAAAACUCCGGGUAGCGGAUGAAAGAUAAAAAGUAGCAGAGAGUUUGGAAUAUAUGUAGUCUGGUUACAUAGACGGUACCGUUAGGUCUCCCUAGCAUUGCCCUUCGCACUCAUGUUACUACAACUGUUGUUUCACUCUCCCUGGCAACAAGUGAACUUGUAGGAUUAUGGUUGGGCUUUGAGAAGAAAAGAAUUUCAAUAUUCAGGUCAAAGUUUUCCAG